UAAAGGAGCUCUUUUCAAAGUGAAGUCAUGUUCUGAAAAGAUAGGACCUUUAUAUUCCUCUUAGAAGUGGAAACCCAGCUUCACUGCCCAUAAAUAGGUGACCCUGCUGAUGGCACAGUGAAAACGGAGGGCAGGAGUGAAUGCAGCUGCAGCCCUGGGCCUGCCCAGAUGGGAGCUCAGCGCGCAUGAGAGACGAGGUCCCCUUGCAUGGGCUUCGUCUCGGUGCCGGUGGGUAGUGACCAGGACCUGGACAGGAGUGAGUCCCCUUUCCGGGGGCUGGUUCUGUGUUCUCUGACUUGCUGUCCACACAAGUCUGAAAUGGGCUCAAGUAGGAUUCCUGGCCUUGGAGGCCUCUGCAGUGAGCCCUGCUCAGGAGCACCCCCCCACUGGCCCCCACAGCGAACCCCAGAGGCUCUUCGGAGGGAGGGGAAGCCAUGGACACCUUUCUGGAGGGCUGAGCUCGCCAGCCCCUCCCCAUUCCAGGUCCAGUGGGGAGGUCGAGGCCUGUGCUCCCAGCUGGCCUAGAUUUGGCCCCUCCCCCACUCCACCAAGGCCUGGCUUCUUGCUCCCUUCCCCCACCCCAUGCAAAACCAGGGGCAUCAGGAGCGGGGUGUAGGACCUGCCUUGCUCUCAUUGGCAGCCCACCCUCCACCUGCCAUGUUCUCCACGCACAACCUUACCCAGACUCGGCCCCAUCUGUCCCCUGUGCUCCGCCCCGUCUCCAGCCUUUGGCCACUUUUCCUUACCAGAUUGUGUCUCAAGGGCGUGAGUGCAUUUAUCGCCAGGUCCCCAGCACCCAGCUCAAGACCUGGCACACUGGCUGUGUGAAAUUAGGUAGGGCUGAAAAUCUCCAGUGGGUUGCAGCCUUGGAGAAACGAGCAUCCCGGACAAGUUACUGGCCACUGUGUCCUCAUCUGUGAAAUGGAGUCAUAACAGCUUGUUGCUCCGGGAGGGCAGAAUGAAAUGACACGUACCAUGGGCUUUCUCGGCUAUGCUCUCCAGGAGUGGACCCUGGGACAAAGAUUCAACGGCAAGUCGUUUACUCGGGAGGCCAUCCCAGGAACUACUGGUAGAGAGUGGGUCGGCGCGUCACGAAAGGGUUAUGUCACCCCCGCAGCCUGGGCUCAGUCCUGCUCAGGGACUCUGGGGGCCAAUGUGGGAGCGAGUAGGCAUCAGGCAUCUCAGCUGCAGAGUGCAGGAGCUGGAAUGGGACCCACCACAUUCCUGGCCAUCGCUGGGUGGAAGACAGCUAUGCAGAGACAGUGGCUUGCCUGCACUUGGAGCCAGGACGUCAGGCAGCCCUCCGGCAAAGAGGCAGGUCUUUGUACUCUGAUCAGCCUGCCUCGGAGGGGCCUGCUUCCCCCAAGAGCUCCGUGCCAACAGAGAAGUUUCCGUCUGGACCCGGCAGGGUGGGGCAGAGAGAUGGAGACUGAGAGCCGAGGCCCAGGAGGCCUGUGCCCCUCCCCCGCCCGCCUCGCACACACAGCCUUGCCUUGGCUUCUGCCCUUUCGCAGCAGCAAUGGAUGUUUACAGGAGCCCAGCCAGAGUCUGCCUCCCCGCUCUUCACCCCUGCACCUGCUGCUGCACACUCCGUCUCCCGCGAGGAUGCUUCACACCGCGGACACACUGUGGAGGCCGCUCACAGCUCCCGGUCAAGGCCAGCGGAGCCCACAGCCCGGCAGGGUCUAGCCCCGAGGCUGGUCUUAGAUGCAGUGACUAUUUCAGGGAGUAAGUCAGAGGAGAAAGAGGCCAAGAAACGUGGGGGGGGGGCUGAGGCUCGGGUCUGACUUACUUGUCUCAAGUUACUCGUUCUGCAAAAUGGUGCCAGGACUGAUACAUCGGGGCGGGGGGAGCACCUCGCUGCUCCGUUGGCCAGAAAUAUUUUUGAAAAUGGGAGUCAUAGGAAGACUUGAUGUCAAUAAGCCUGUAAAAGCAAUACUUAGGAGGCUGACUUCUUUCAAUUAAAAAAUGUAUGCAACUAA